AACGGAAACUCAAAUUGCUUGAGAAGAUUCAGAUCUUUUCAGUUCAUUCACAUUGAAGACAAAAAACACUUCCAUUUUCUUGCGGCAAUUUUCUCUUUUUGGAACAAUUUUCGCUGAAAUAGUUUUUGUCAAGUUUAGUGAUGGUUUUGAACUCCCAUGGAUAGAACUGUUUACAAAUAAAAUAGAAGGCAGUGUCGAUGAAAAGAUUUGAUUUAAAUUGACUACGCAUAGCGAAUGAGCUCGUGAAAAAAAUGAGUACUUUUAAUUUAUUGUGGGUGAUUGCACUUCUCAGCUGUAAUGUGCUUGCAAUGAAUGCAAAACCAAAGGAGAAAAUAAAAUCGGAAGGUCGUCAAUUACAAAGUUUCUUCCCACAACAAGAGACGUCCAGUCCAAACUUUCAACCAUCACCGUCUGAUGUGUACUUUGUUGAUGGCAAUAAUCAAGUGCAAGAGAAACUACAAGAUACACGACCAAAACAACAAUUUGUACACAAUCCAAAGUUUUCGCCAAAUUUGCAAACCGAUUUGUAUAAUUCGCAGUAUGGUCUCCAAAAUCAUCAACCACAGCAACACCAUCAGCAACAACAACAACAGCAGCAGAAACAGCAACAACAACAACAAUUUGAGCAACAACAACAGCUAUAUCACUAUGCUCAACAACAGCAGCAGCAACAAUAUCAGCCCCAGUAUACAAAUCCGGAAAGGCCAUUCUACCCAACACCCGACGGGAAUGAAGUUAAUUUUGGCGAAAAUUUAGAAUCUCAGUAUAGUCCACAGUCACAGCAAUAUGUUGACAAUACCAAUUUUGUGUAUACUGAACCGCCACAGUAUCAAUCUCAAUCACCGUACGAUGGAUAUUCGCAAGUAGUAACAGGCGGUUAUGUAGUUGGAAGUCGACCGCAAGUGAAUAUUUUGCCACAGCAACGACCCAGUCAUUCACUUUAUAAUCAAAAUCAGCCCUAUCAAUACGGUAGCGGUGCCAGACCUGUAUAUCAAUCACAACAGAAUUACAAUUUGCGGCCGCCAAGCGGCAGUGGAAAUGAAGGUGGCCUUAUGGGUUCGAUUUUAAACUUUUUCAAUAAUAUUGGUCAAGGUGCUACAGAAAUAUUUUCAGGUCGUCCGCCAAUUCAAGAAUAUCAACCGCCCCCAAGCGUAAGUGCUGGCCUUGCGAAUCGGCCACCAAAUCCGUAUAAUCAACAAUUCGGCACGCCGGAAAGUCAGCAGUAUGCAAAUCCAAUAUUGGGUGGAAAUCCCACCAAUCCGGUGAAUCAAUUUUCGAAAGCAAUCGAAGAAAUCACACGUAACGAUGAUUAUCAAUGCAUACCGAAAGUGAUUUGUCAAAUGGUAGGCAGUCAACGGAGACAACCUUCGAUUUUGAGUUCUCCCAUUUUUACAGCAAUUAUUUCCGCUGUUCCGAGUACAUCAGCUGGUUUGGUUUAUGGUCGUGCUGCCUUGCUUGGAUUGAUUUCUGGCGAACAAAAUUGUCACACGGCCUAUCCAAGGUGUCCACGAAACGAAGACGAUUUACUGUACUAUUUGAAUAACCAUCGAGGUGGAUUUUUCCGAUUUUUCAAUGGUGGAGCCGCAUUCGGUGACGAACAAAAUUAUCAACAUAAUCCAAAUCAAUAUCAAACUCCCUCAGCUUCGAAUCAAUACUAUCAGCAAAAUCACCAGACUCCUUCACCGCCCCAUUAUAAUCAGCCAUCUGACGAGAGUUCACUUCAAUCGAAUCUGGGCGCUCUUCAAAGUAUUGCCGACGCUAUAAAUAAUAGUGGUGGAAUUAAUUUAAGUAACUUAGGUGCGAAUGCAAAUCUUUUCAGUGGCCUAGCUGGUUUGUUGAAUGGAGGUGGUUCAAGUUCAAAUUCACAAGGUGGUUUUGAUUUAAGUACAUUGACCUCAAAUGCGGGGUUGUUAAGCAAUUUCGCAAGUUUAGUUGGUAGUACAGCUCAACCAGCAAAACCAUCAAAAGCACCACCAGACGAUCAAGGUCAAAGUUUAACUGAAUUAGUUGGAAAUUUAUUGACCGGUUUUGUUGGACAACGCUUUGCCGGAAGAAAAAUUCAUAAACGAAGCAUCGAUGUAGAUUAUGACGAUAAGUAUAAUUCAACAGGAAGCAGCAAUAUGAAUGAAAGAAAGUGGCCAAAAAAAGUGAGUGCCUUCAAGUUAAAAUUGGCUGCUUCAAAAGGAAAAAUAAAAUUCCCCGAAGAGUUGAAUAGCGACUAUACAGUUCACAUCGAAAAUAAGCACAAGGCCGAGAAUGAUGAUGGUAUCGAAGGUCGGAUUCUUAAUAAAAAACCAACAAUUUAUUCGCAUGACAAACAAUAUGAUGAUAGACUUGUAUUCAACUCGAAUCGUGAUGUUAAAAAAGUAAAUUUUAUGGACCGAAUUAUAGGCCCAACGCCAUCACCAAAUUAUGGAAGCAAUCCAAAUUCACCCAUCCAUUUUGAUAAUGAUAAUAACGAUGAAUUUCGAAUUGCUUCAAAUAAUCGAUCACCAAAGUUGAUUAAAUUUCAAGGCACUUCAGAACAAGACGAUGGUAAUUAUCACCAAAUUCGAUAUCAACCACUUGGAUCAGUAAAUUUUGACGAAACAGCAACGCAUCGACCCUCAAAAAUGAUUUUUCCAGAUCGAACUGGAACGGGAAAUUUGAGAUUCGAUCACGACGAAUUCACACAAGAAAAUCACAAUAACAAUCGUUACGGUAAAAUUCUUACAUAUGGAAAUAAUCGGCCGCAAACUGAUGGGGAUAAUAAUGGAAAUCGGGUGACAUUUGGUCAAAGUGAUCGCUAUUCAACGAACUCACAACAAGGAACAUAUCGUCCAUCGCAUAAUGACAAUAAUUAUUAUCAUCAAAACCAAAACACCAAUUAUUAUAAUAAUCAAAAUUCUCCAUCAUACAAUCGGUACUCUGGUUCAAGUUCAAAUAGACAACGUGACGAUAAUUCUAGUCAAAAUAUUUACGUAACAGAUGGAAACGGCAAGACAGUUUAUUAUAUCAAUGCACAAGGUAAUAAAGUUUAUGUCUAACAACGUUCCCCUAUAGAAUUAAGAUCAAAAUUGUGAUUCUUUGUUACCUAGUUUUACCGACGUUGUACUUUUUUGAAUCAUUUUUACGAAUCACUCAUUUUCACAUGCUGC